UAGUUUUCGUUUUUUAUAUAAUAAUUUCGUUUUUUAUUUAAUAAUUUCGUUUUUUAUAUAAUAAUUUCGUUUUUUAUUUAGUUUUGGUUUUUUAUUUAAUAUUUUCGUUUUUUAUUUAAUAAUUUCGUUUUUUAUAUAUAAUAAUUUCGUUUUUUAUUUAAUAAUUUCGUUUUUUAUAUAUCAAUUUUGUUUUUUAUUUAGUUUUGGUUUGCACUAAUGGGCUUCCGUACUGUUAUUUACCUGGCAUGAAAUAGACACCACUCCACGAGGCUAAACGUGCGUGUCUAAAUACUGGGGGGUUAACUUUGCCUACAGAGGUGGACACAUCGGGAUUUUCACUAUGGAAUACAACUACCUUGGCCGCACCGGACUGCGUGUGUCCAACAUCUGCCUGGGGACCAUGACCUUCGGCCAUCCCGAGAUUGGAAAGUUGGACAAGGAUGCAUCUCACAAAGUCCUGGACCGAUUCGCUGCUCUCGGUGGGAAUUUUAUUGAUACUGCUAACGUAUAUUCCAUAGGAGUGUCUGAAAGCAUCAUAGGGGAGUGGUUGAUUAGACAAGAAAGAGAAAAAUUCGUAAUUGCCACCAAAGUGCGAGGCCCGAUGGGAGAUGAUGUGAAUAGCAUUGGUUUAGGACGGAAACACAUUAUGCAGAGCUGUGAGGCGAGCCUUAAACGGCUUCAGACGGACUAUAUAGAUCUAUAUCAGGUCCAUGGUUGGGACGAUGCUGUUUCCCCAGAGGAGUGGUUAGAAGCCCUCGGGGAUCUGGUGAAGGCUGGCAAGGUGCGCUAUAUCGGAGUGUGCAACCUGUGUGGUUGGCAGAUGCAGAAAGUGGUGGAUCUCUGCAAGUCUGGCAGGUACCCGGCUGUAGUCAGUCUUCAGCAACAAUACAACUUACUUUGUCGUCACCCGGAAUUCGAGGAACUUCAAGUCUGUAAAUAUGAAGGUCUCGGAGUGUUGCCAUGGAGCCCAUUAAAAGGUGGAAUGCUUACAGGUAAAUACAACCGUGGAGUACGGCCUGAUAAAGCGGCGGGACGGAUUGGACGCAUUGCUCAAGAUGAAUCAAAGGCUAUGCAAUCUGCCCCAGCUUGGAGUCAGUACGAAAAUAAUGAAGAAUUUUGGAAAUUAUUGGAAGCUGUGGAAAAGAUUGCCAAAGAUUGUGGAAAGAGCAUUCCUCAGGUAGCAAUCCGGUGGCUGCUUCAGAAGAACGUGGUUGCCUCCGUUAUCAUUGGAGCCAACUCGAUUGAGCAACUAGAAGACAAUAUAGGGUCGGCAACAAACUGGCAACUCUCCAAGGACCAGAUGGACAAACUUGACACCCUUUCCAAACCGGAAGUCCCGUACCCAUACGAGAUGAUGUGGCGAAUGAACGCUAACAGAGUGAAUCCGUAUCACCCAGCUCCGUUCGUAAAGAAUACAUGAAGUGUGUUCAUAUGUGUAAUUAUGUAAUAGUGUUUAUUAAUUGAUUUAAAUUAAUAAAUCUACACAAGUAUAUAUAAUUCAAAUUAAACAUUAUCUGAAUAACCA